AAGUCCUGAAGGGUAUAAUAAGCCAAAGAUAGAUGACGUUGUAAAUAUUGUAUCUUUGCUACAGUUCAUUCGGAGCACGUUGCAGUAUUGUUGUUGUUGUGCUUGAGCAAUGGCGGAAGAUGAUGUGGAAUCUGGAAGUGAGGAAAUCUUGGAUAGCGUCGUUGAAGAGGACCCCGAGAAAGAAGUUACAUUUCAGGACUUGGGUGUAGUUGACGUGUUGUGUGAAGCAUGUGAACAACUUAAGUGGAAAGCACCUACAAAAAUUCAACGGGAAGCUAUACCACUAGCCCUCCAAGGGAAAGAUGUCAUUGGGCUUGCAGAAACAGGCUCAGGGAAAACUGGUGCAUUUGCACUUCCAAUACUGCAGGCCCUUUUGCAGAAUCCACAGAGGUAUUUUGCUCUCAUACUUACUCCAACAAGGGAAUUAGCCUUCCAAAUAUCGGAACAGUUUGAAGCACUUGGUUCCAGUAUAGGAGUCAAGUGUGCUGUGAUAGUUGGUGGUAUGGAUAUGAUGGCUCAAGCCUUAAUGCUUGCAAAGAAGCCACAUGUUCUUAUAGCAACUCCCGGACGUCUUGUAGAUCACCUUGAAAACACCAAAGGGUUCAGUUUAAGAGCCCUCAAAUACUUGGUAAUGGACGAAGCUGAUCGCAUAUUGAAUAUGGAUUUUGAAGUAGAAGUGGAUAAAAUAUUGAAAGUUAUUCCACGUGAACGAAGGACCUUUCUCUUUUCAGCCACAAUGACAAAGAAAGUCCAGAAACUUCAAAGAGCUUCACUGCAGGAUCCAGUUAAAGUAGAAGUGUCAACAAAGUACCAGACUGUCGAGAAACUGCAACAGUAUUAUAUAUUUAUUCCAGUGAAAUUCAAGGAUGUUUAUUUAGUCCACAUACUAAAUGAGCUAGCUGGUAAUACCUUCAUGAUAUUUUGCUCAACCUGCAACAAUACAGUUCGUACAGCUUUACUGCUUCGGAGCCUUGGAUUUACUGCUGUGCCUCUUCAUGGACAGAUGUCGCAAAAUAAGCGCCUUGGUGCUCUAAAUAAAUUUAAGGCAAAGAACCGCUCCAUUUUGAUAUCUACGGAUGUAGCCAGUCGGGGUUUGGACAUCCCUCACGUAGAUGUUGUUGUCAAUUUUGACAUACCAACACACAGCAAAGACUACAUCCACAGAGUUGGUAGAACAGCACGUGCUGGUCGUGCUGGAAAAGCUAUAACCUUUGUAACACAGUAUGAUGUUGAACUGUACCAACGUAUUGAACAUUUGAUUGGCAAGCAGCUUCCACUAUUCAAGCUACAGGAAGAUGAAGUAAUGUUGUUGCAAGAAAGAGUGGCAGAAGCCCAGAGGAUGGCAAAAAUGCAAUUAAAAGACCUAGAAGAGAAGAAGGGUGGCAAGAACAAGAAGAGGAAAGGUGCUAUUGAUGAUGACGAUGACACGGAAGAAGCACAAGGAGUUAGGAAAAGAUUGAAAGGGAAGAAGAUGAGGAAACACAGAUGACACAUUGUGAAUAAAUGAACUUUUUUAUUAUUUAAGUGUUGUUCACAUGUUACUGUUAUCUUGGUACUAAUUUAUAAAAAAAGUGAUGUGGAGAAUUUGAUAUUUAUUCACUGUUAAAUGAAAUGUAACAUAUUCAAAUCUAUAAUUGUUGUAUUAUUACAAACUUCAAUACAACGUGUUCCUGUAAGACACGUUAGACAGAAUUUAGUUGGGUAAGUAACAAGUAUUUCUUUAAACAUGCCACACAAUUGUAUAGGGUUCAUAUUUCAGUCAGACACUCUAAGGGAAAACUGUGUUAUGAGAGAGAGAGAGAGAGAGAGAGAGAGAAGACCUUUAUGUAUUCAAAAUAUUAAUCAGGAGCAGUUGGAUGACUUGUGGUCUGUCUUGAAUAAUAAUCAAUAUGUGGAUUUAUCUGUGCCAACAAAUGCUAAAGCAGUGGGAAUCACGAUACCACACUACCCAUGAGAAUCUCGCAGAGAUAUUGAAGACACUUAAUUGUUGACACUGAGAGUACAGAACACAUUUUGUUGCUGGGUUACUGUCUCAGAGCAAACUGAAAAGUGAUCACUUAACAUGUAGCAAUACAGUUGUGUAGGGAAGUGCGCCUAGUCACGCAGCUUCCCUUGCAUCUACGCCUACAUGGUCCUUGACACACAUACUGUGCAAACCAGUGUGAAAUAAUAGAACAGCGGUCACUUUCCAUUUUAUCACACAUUAAUGUUUCUUCCCAUUUCAUUUGCCUAUUGAGUCUGGGGGAAAAUGGCUGUUUAAACAUGUCAGUGCCAUCUGAAAUUAAUUUCAUUUUGUCUUCACAAUCCCUGCAAGAGCAACUUCUAUGGGGAUACAGUAUAGAGCCUGUCCCUUGAAACUUGUGUUUUCUCGGGCUGUUUUGUUCCAAUCUUCAAGCAUUUGCAAGUUUAUGGUUUUGGCAUUUCUGUGAUUGACCUGUACGAUAAAUAAAUGUGAUCACUAGUGA